AUGGAUCUAAAUAAUUCAAGGCUCCAUCAUUCACUUCCAGCUUUAGAUACCAAAGCUUGUCCCGAUUUCGAUGCAAGCCCUACCAAGAGAGUUGAUGUAAGAAGAAAAAGACGUGGGGAUGAUGCAUUUGGAGGUAUGGUCUCUGCAUUCUAUGCAAAAUUGUUGGUAAUUUUAGGUGCAGCUUUACCUAUCACAGAUGCAAUCGCUACCAAUGAUUACGAUACUUAUGAUGGAUUUUAUAUGUAUUUAUAUAUUGGAAGUAUCAUUUUUCUGGCAUAUAUUUAUUUUAAACAAAUAAGGGAGAGGUCAAUACAAAACUCUUGGAGAUACUCAAUUUAUAACACCAACAUAAGACAGUCCACAAGUUCGACGGAUUCAGAGUUUGGUUUCUUUAAAAAUAAUCAUCAUGUAAGAUAUGGAAGUUUCUAUUUCAGAAUGGGAGUAACUGGUUUUGGAAUUGGUACAGUAAUAUAUUCCGGAUUGCAAUUUGGACAAUAUUGGGAGCUAUCAACAACGGUAGAAUGUAAUAUGAUUCUAAAGGCGUUGAAGCCGAUGUUCAGAAUAAUAUUUGGAUUAAUGCAAAUGCUUUUCAUAUUCUCGUACAGUAAUUUCAAAAACAUCCAGCACAACAGAACAUUUGCGAGAUUCGGUCUCAUGCACCUGAUAGCUACAAACUUAUGCGAUUGGUUCUAUGUCUUGGUACAGGAAACCCAACAUGAUAUUUAUCAGUCAGCCAUUCGUAAACAAAACGUCUCCUUUUCAUCCGUGGAUCAUCAAUUUAUUGAAUCAAAGUCAUUUCAAAUAACCAAAAGCUAUUAUGACCACAAAUUCAGCUGUUUGAAGUCGAAAAUAAUGGAUAAGAUUUUAACAAAUUUAGAACCGUAUUUGGCUCCUUGCAGUGUUGAAUAUAGCCUACUAUGUGCUGUGAUACUGGGAUUGAUGUGGAAACAUUUACAUACUGAAACUGAGUUGUAUAAAAAAAGGUCGUCAUCGGAAAGACAAAGCGGGUGCAACGUUAUUUACAGCAAACGGCACAGCCAGUUUUCUGUGGAUUGUGCACAGGCCCACAAAGGACUCUUCGUCGGCAUCCUGGUUCUGGCUGUCACCAUCAUCAGUUUGAUCAUGUUCUUUGAACUGGUAGCCAUGGACGAUUACAAGGAUGCUGCUGUGUUGCAGGUUAAUAUCUGUGAAGCUUUAUUGUUCCUGGCUGGUAUAGUAGCAUCAGUGUGGUGUUUAUAUUCCUUAAGAAAUGUCGGCUUAAGAAAAAUACGACACUUGGAACUGGAACAUCUACUUCUUUUAGUUACCCAAUGCGGUCUCUUUAUGUAUUUUCUGUUUCAAAUCAUAGGAGGUAUACUCAUGGGUACUAACAAAGGAAAAGGGGGGAUGAUGAGGAUAAUCACUCCAACAUUGGCACUGAUCCAAAGUAGCUGUCAAACAGUACUCGUGUUGAACGCUUGGAGAAGACGUUGCACAACUGAGGAACAUAUGAGAAAAAAACCCGGCCGACAACUUAUAACAUUCUUAUUGGUAGUAAAUAUAUCAUUAUGGUUGAACAACAGACUAAAAAACAAUCAAUCUGUUUACCAUCCAAACCAAAUGGAUUUUUAUGGAGUCCUCGCAUGGAAUGUUAUUACACACGUCUCUAUGCCUUUGGUAUUGUCAUAUAGGUUCCAGUCCACUGUUUGUUUUUAUGAAAUUUGGAAGCACGUGUACAAAAUGAGACCAAUUAAUAAGGAGUCUGACAUGAAAAAUGAUCUACAUUUGUAACUUUUUUUUUUAAAUUGCAUUAUAAAAAUUUAAGAAAAAUGAAUAUUUUUUUAAUAAAUAUAUUUUUUUAUAAUA